UCUGCGGAAGUAAACCGGAUGUUGUCAUCAGAGCUGCGAGCGGUUAGCGGUUUAACAACAAAGAUCUGACCAGACGAACGGAGCUGAUAUUAUUAUUAUUGCCUGUUAUUGAUCAACAUUCCUGUUAAAACUCUGUUUGGCUUGACAGACAGGUGAGCAUGUCAGACGGACAGGUGGAGGAGCAGACGGUGUCUCUGGUGGAUGUCCUGAAGGAGGAUGAAGAGCUGGAGGAAGAAGCUUCAGCUGUGUUAGCAGGAAGUGACUCUGAUCACUGCUCAUAUCCUCAGGGCUAUGUGAAGCGUCAGGCUGUGUACGCCUGUCACACCUGUACUCCAGGUGGAGGAGAGGCAGCAGGUGUGUGUUUGGCCUGUUCAUACAAAUGUCACGAAGGUCACCACCUCUACGAACUUUACACCAAAAGGAACUUCCGCUGUGACUGUGGAAACAGGAAGUUCUCUGAGCUGCAGUGUAAACUCUCCCCGGAGAAGGACGACGUCAACCAUCUGAACAAAUACAGUCACAACUUCUUCGGGGUUUACUGCACGUGCAACAGACCGUAUCCUGACCCAGACGACCAGGUGGAGGAUGAGAUGAUUCAGUGUGUGGUGUGCGAGGACUGGCUGCACGGCAGGCACCUGGGUUCUGAGGUUCCAGACUGUGUGGAGCUGCAGGAGAUGAUCUGUGAGUCCUGUAUGACAAAAAACUCCUUCCUGUGGACCUACGCCGCUCACCUGGCAGUUCCAGGUGUUGACCUGAAGCAGGAGGCUGAAGCAGACGAGUCAAACACAAAAAAAGAAGAGAAGGAUGAUGAUGUCAUCGAGCCCAGCUGUAAAAGAAGCCGCGAGGAGGCGGGGCCAAACUGUAAACUAAAGGAGCUGCAGGCAAUUGAUCAGAAAAGAGUCCAAUCGGGCGCCGUAUUCUGGCCGUCUGGAUGGCGGUCCAAACUCUGCUCCUGCAACACGUGCAAGGAACGUAUGGCUGCAGCGGGCGUGUCCUUCCUGUCUGACGAGUCGGACACGGUCCUCGCUUAUGAGAACAAAGGAAAGAACAGCGAACAGACGGCGAGAGGUAACGACCCUCUGAUGUCAGCGCUGGACAACCUGAACCGAGUUCAACAGCUGGAGAUCAUCCACGGAUACAACGACAUGAAAACGGAGCUCAAGGAUUUCUUGCAGAAAUUUGCAGCAGAAGGAAAGGUGGUAACACCUGAGGAUAUCCGUCAGUUCUUCGAGCAGCAACAGACUCGUCGACGGCGUGUUGACGCCGGAAACUUCUUCUCCCCCUGAUGAACUUUCUCGACCUCCAGGGAUUGUCCUCCAUCUUGUUUCUUGUCAACACCCCUUUGUCGAUAAAGUUUUUAUCUUCCGUUACCUUUGGGACUUCCUGUUUACAUGCUGUCUCUUUGUGUGUAGAUGUCAGAGGUCACAUGAUUUUAUUUGUU